AACUUAAAAGGUUUAUUGAAAGAGUACAUGUACCUCAAACGUAUUUAUUGAUGUUGUUUUUUCAUAAUGAGAAGUAGUAUACUUCUAAAAUAAUGUGUUCAGUUCCUGUAAGAGACUCAGGCAGUGGUGGGGGUGCUCAGCAGCUUGGCUUGGGCUGUGUUGCUGUAGCUGAGGAACUUGCUGGCCACAGAGACCAGCAGAGCGCAGAAAGCUGCACAGAUGCAGAAGUUGUUGCUGCUGUUGAUGUGAACACUCUUGCCAAUGAUGUUUAUAAGCACAACUUUCCCAGCACGCCAUUAUGGGCAAAGACUAUUGAGGGCAUAACACUGAAAGAAUUUGACAGAUUAUCUUUUGAUAUGAUUUUGAUGAGUCCUCCCUGUCAGCCAUUUACAAGAAUUGGCCUGCAAGGUGAUGUAUCAGAUCCACGGACAAAGAGCUUUCUCUAUAUCCUUGAUAUUCUACCAAGGCUUCAAAAGCUUCCAAAAUACCUACUUUUAGAAAAUGUUAAAGGAUUUGAAUCCUCUUCUGCAAGAAAUGAACUUUUGCGAACACUUGCAACAUGUGGAUUUCAAUACCAAGAAUUUCUCUUGUCUCCAACCUGUCUUGGCAUUCCCAAUUCUAGACUGCGAUAUUUUCUAAUUGCAAAGCUUCACCAUGAACCAUUUUCCUUUCAAGCUCCUGGUCAGAUAUUGACAAGAUUCCCAGAUCAGUAUCCAGAAGACUUACACAAGGACAAAGUUGCUGACAAAGUGGGUGAAACUAGUUCUUCCUUGUGUUCUGAAGAGAAGAAUCUGGAUCCAAACAUUGGUCCAGAUUGCAGCAGCAAGAAGAGUUUACCAAAAAGGACCUUUCUUUUUAAGCUUGAAACAGUAGAAGAAAUGGAAAGGAAACAUGAUCAGGAUAAUGACUGCUCUGUUCAAAUGUUAAAAGAUUUCUUGGAAGAGGAAAAUGAAGAAAUGAGUCGGUAUUUUUUACCACCAAAGUCCUUAUUGCGCUAUGCUUUCUUGCUAGACAUUGUUAAACCCACCUGCCGGAGAUCCACGUGCUUUACAAAAGGGUAUGGACACUAUGUAGAGGGGACAGGCUCAGUUCUGCAGACAGCAGUAGAUGUACAGCUUGAAUCAGUGUUUAAACAUAUUGAGGAGUUACCAGAAGAAGAGAAGCUUAUGAAAUUGUCAACACUAAAACUGAGGUACUUUACUCCAAGAGAAAUAGCAAAUCUUCAUGGAUUCCCUUUGGAAUUUGGCUUUCCUGAAAAAGUAACAAUAAAGCAAUGCUAUCGUCUUCUGGGAAACAGCCUCAAUGUACAUGUGGUGGCAAAAUUGAUCUCCAUUCUACUUGGAUAAUUUAGAACCUGAAUCUGACGCAUAUGGACUGGUGACAGAAAAUACUUCCAUCUUUCAAAAGAAAGAUGAUAGAAGCUGAACAAAAAUCAGAGCUUACCAAAGUAUAUGUCCAUGCAUUUUGCUGAACAGUUCUGAUAUUUUUAAUGACUUGCUUUCAUGAUGGAUUUGAACUGUAGAGGUGUUUUAUUUAAAUGGACAUUUCCAGGACUUGAUUGCUUUAUUUAAAUGUCCUUUUUACUUUGCAAAAUGAAAAGGGGCAGCAUUUACAAAUACUUCAAUUAAAUUGGAUAAGACUACUUUAUUUUAUCUUAAAACCAUUUUCUCAUUAUGGCAUGAAAAGGCUCUAAGUGUCAAAACCAUUUUAAUUAAGUGCAGAGACCAAGUUCUAUGUGUAAAAUGUCUUCAUCUGUAAAUAUGAGUUUUCCAUUCUGAAAAGAUGUGCUGUAUAUAUGUUCUGAACUUUUGAUAUGCUUUUUGUAGCUCAUGAAACUGUUAAAUUCAGUAUUUUGUAUACAAUUUUUAAGAAGACACAGUGUUAUUCUUUAGGGUUGUCUCAUCCUCUCUAAAUACUUGUAGGAUUCUGGAACCCAACUCUAUCUGUCUGGAAUGAUUUGCUUAGGUGCAGCUGAAUAAAAAUAUUUCAAGAUUAUCACAACCCUGACAAUAA